UCCCCCACACCGCGCAUGCGCCAGCCGCCAUCGUAGCCACACUAUUCUCGAACAAGGUUCCAAAGCAAGUCUUGGGGGAAAAAGUUAGCAAAACGACGACAUUGUCGCCGGAUUUGUUCUCUUCUCGGGAAAAUAUUCCGCCAAAGCCAAGCUGAGACAAACUCGUCUUAGUGACUCGUCUGAGCUUCCCGGGCUAGCUUAGCUUGCUAGCUGCUAUUAGAAAGCAGCACGUUGCUAAGUGUGAGUAUAAAGUGUUGUGGUUGUGGGAAAAUGUGUCAAGUACGAACGCUGAAAGUGUUGCUGAGCCAGCAACUAACUGCUGCUGUGGAAGAAAUAUUUGUAGUGUUAGAAAGAACCAUAGCGGAAUACGUGGAGGAACUUUCUAGAACAAAAGAGGAGAACGAGCGACAACGUCAACUACUGGACGCUUUUGCCAAGAAGCCUCAAGUUGUGUUGCACAGGACAGAUCGCCGUAAAGAACACCUCCCCCCCUCUGAGCUGCCGAAGGAGCAGGAGGAGCCAGAGCCCCCUCACAUCGAUGACGUGGUGAAACAGAAGGUGAGGACCGAAGCUGACGGAGAGCAAAUAGAAAACCUCCUACCUCCACUAUCAGACUGUGACAACAUGACGUCAGACUCUUCUGACGCCGAUGAAGACUCCAAAGCUGAAGCGACGUGUCAACCUGACGACGCGCGCUUGACGUGCUCUCACUGUGGUGAAACCCUCCGAAGCCAGCUUCUCCUGGAGGAACACACGAAGCGUCACAUGGCCGACAAGUCCGUGCAGUGCACCGAGGAGGAGAACCUCUUCAAACAGGAGGUCCAGACGGAAGCUAAUGGAGAGCAAAUAGAAAACCUCCUACCUCCGCUGUCAGAUUGUGACGGCAUGUCGUCCAACAUUUCAAGUUCCGACUCUGACGAUGAAGACCCCGCAGCCGACGCCGAGGGCCCCGCUGACAACACACCCUUAGUGUGCGCUCACUCCGGCAAAGCCUUCAAGAGCAAGAGUCUCCUGAACGAGCACAUGAAGUGUCACAAGGCGGUCAAAACCGUCAAAUGCACCGUCUGCGGGAAACGCUUGGGUCAGGGCCACUUUGCCCGACACCUCAGGCUGCACACGGGAGAGAAACCGUACGAAUGCCCCGUCUGCGGCAAGAGGUUCGCGCGGGGGGACGGCAUGAGUAAGCACAUGAAGCAACACGCCAAAGGGAAGCCGUAUCGCUGCGCGGUCUGCAGCGCCGAGUUUUCUAAUCGCAGCGGGCUGAUUCGCCACAAGCAGAAGCACAAGGACAUGAAACUGUUCUUCUGCUCCGUGUGCAAGACGUCCUUUCCCGACCGCACCAGCUUGAUCGAACACACCAGAAGGCACGUUCACGAGGGUCUUUAGGGACGACAAGUCCAGUACUUUUGAAGUCCGUGUCGUACACACAGUCCACAUUUUGUUGUUUGAAGAACAUCAACUCUUGACUCAUCCGAAAACGAUACUCUGUUUACAUGUCGUGACUUGAACAUCAACCGAGUGUGAGUGAUGUUGUUAUUGCGAGGGCUAACGCAGACGGACUAUUUAUAGCAGCGCCGCUUUCCACAUCAACUGGUGAGCUGCUUCCUUGCUCGUAGAUCACAAACCAUGCCUCUCACCUGGAUAGUAGAAGGCUGAGGACGCAUUCCGACAAGUUUGUACACUUUGACAGCCGAUUUAGACCCAGGAAAAGGCAACGACGACACAAUAAGACGCUCGGUUCCGCCCUCCUUUUGCGAGGAUUAUGAGUCAUUCCUCAUCCAAACGGGAGCAUAACAAGAUUCUGUAUCCUAACCACCGCAGACCUCGUACAGUCAGCGAUGUUUUACCGUAGUUUUCGGAGUAUAAGUCGCUCCUGAGUAUAAGUCGCACCGGCCGAAAAUGCAUAAGAAAGAAGGGAAAAAACAUCUAAAUCCCAUGAAAUCUUAUACGUCUAGUCUCUUACGUGAAUGAGAUAAAUAGUAUUAUUUGAUAUUUUACGCUAAUGUGUUCAUAAUUUCACGCAUAAGUCGCUCCUGAGUAUAAGUCGCACCCCCGGCCAAACAAUGAAAAAAAACUGCGACUUAUAGUCCGAAAAAUACGGUAUGAGUGAUGUUGUUAUUGCGAGGGCUGACGCAGACGGACUAUUUAUAGCAGCGCCGCUUUCCACAUCAACUGGUGAGCUGCUUCCUUGCUCGUAGAUCACAAACCAUGCCUCUCACCUGGAUAGUCGAAGGCUGAGGACGCAUUCCGACAAGUUUGUACACUUUGACAGCCGAUUUAGACCCAGGAAAAGGCAACGACGACACAAUAAGACGCUCGGUUCCGCCCUCCUUUUGCGAGGAUUAUGAGUCAUUCCUCAUCCAAACGGGAGUAUAACAAGAUUCUGUAUCCUAACCACGGCAGACCUCGUACAGUCAGCGAUGUUUUACCGUGGUUUUCGGAGUAUAAGUCGCUCCGGAGUAUAAGUCGCACCGGCCGAAAAUGCAUAAUAAAGAAGGGAAAAAACAUCUAAAUCCCAUGAAAUCUUAUACGUCUAGUCUCUUACGUGAAUGACAUCAAUAAUAUUAUUUGAUAUUUUACGCUAAUGUGUUCAUAAUUUCACCCAUAAGUCGCUCCUGAGUAUAAGUCGCACCCCCGGCCAAACUAUGAAAAAAAACUGCCACUUAUAGUCCGAAAAAUACGGUAUGAGUGAUGUUGUUAUUGUGAGGGCUGACGCAGACGGACUAUUUAUAGCAGCGCCGCUUUCCACAUCAACUGGUGAGCUGCUUCCUUGCUCGUAGAUCACAAACCAUGCCUCUCACCUGGAUAGUAGAAGGCUGAGGACGCAUUCCGACAAGUUUGUACACUUUGACAGCCGAUUUAGACCCAGGAAAAGGCAACGACGACACAAUAAGACGCUCGGUUCCGCCCUCCUUUUGCGAGGAUUAUGAGUCAUUCCUCAUCCAAACGGGAGUACAACAAGAUUCUGUAUCCUAACCACGGCAGACCUCGUACAGUCAGCGAUGUUUUACUGUAGUUUUCGGAGUAUAAGUCGCUCCGGAGUAUAAGUCGCACCGGCCGAAAAGGCAUAAUAAAGAAGGGAAAAAACAUCUAAAUCCCAUGAAAUCUUAUACGUCUAGUCUCUUACGUGAAUGACAUCAAUAAUAUUAUUUGAUAUUUUACGCUAAUGUGUUCAUCAUUUCACACAUAAGUCGCUCCUGAGUAUAAGUCGCACCCCCGGCCAAACUAUGAAACAAAACUGCCACUUAUAGUCGGUAAAAUACGGUCGGUAAACAUGACAUGUUACAAAUGUGCCUGUUACUUCAGUACAUAUAUACUUACCGUAGUGUGUAUAAAACCUUAAUGGAGAUGUUUGGAUGUUUGUUGGGGCUUUUAUAAGCGGAGACAACCUUCUGAUUGCAUUUAUUUAAUAUUUAAAAUGUUCCAGCACAAACAAAAGUGUUUAUGUCUACCUGAUGAUUGUGAACGGUAUACAAAGUUCCUCAAAAAAGUGUACUUCCCCUUUAAGGUUGUUUGGAUAAAAAAAAGGAAGUUCUGAUUCCAGUUUGUCGGGCAGCUCGUCUCACCUCAUUUUGUUUGGAUUUCAAUUUGUCUUGUAUUUACUUAUAGUAUUCAGUUAUAGUAUUGUUGCACAUCUUACUGGAGCCCUGUUGACUAUGUGCCUUCAAGUGUAACAAAUAAAUGUUACGUUGUGAAAACUUGUUUUUUUUAAAGUGUAAUGUCUACUAAUUAAAGAUUACCUUUUCGGUUGA